AUGAAAACAGUAAUACUCACUAUUUCAGAAGUAAAAAGAGGUUGUUGUGAUUUUACCCCUAAAAAAAAAUUCAAAGCAAAAUGGGUUCUUGACCUCCAUGGUUUUUUACCUCGCGAUAAAUUCAAAGAAAGGCUUAAUGAAAUCAAUCAUCAUAUGCAGGGAUAUCCUCUGAUGAGCGAAAAAAUGAAGAAAAGGUUGAACAGGCUUAGCGGCAUGUUGGCUACUUUAAUUGGUGUUAUUGUUCUUAUGGUUUUCGUUGCUGGUGCGAUAAGUGGUGGUGGUGGCGCUAUGGCUGCCGCUGGAAUUCUUGAAGCAUUGAUCGUCGGGUUGACAAUUUUUGCUAAUUAUAGGAUUGAAGAGAAAGCAAAGGAGCUCGCUAGAAAUUUUAAAAAUAACAUAAAACUUUUGCUUGACGAUUAUAAUAAUAGAGAUAAUCCCACUGCUAAUUGGAGAUUUCAAUGGCGGACAGAACUUUCACAUUACAAAAUAGAUGCGAAAGUACGCUCACAAGGAAAUAUCACGGGGAAAAUGGAGCCAAAAUACGUCGAACAUGCUGAAAUAGUGCUCGAAAUCCACGAUGCACUCUCUGAUUUAACUGCUGAUACAGUUACAGUGAAUAGUGAAAUUUCAAAAAUUCCAAAAGAAAAGAUUGUCACUACGGUCACUACUAUUAACUUAUAA